CACACACACACACACACACACACACCGUGUGUUUGUUGGGAAGGGGGCAGUUCAGGGGACACCAGGGAUUAUUAUUGUCUACCUGCCUGUAAAGGAACUAUUUGACUCUUUGGGAUUCUUGUAAAAAGGACACCAUGAGCCGCAACUACAGUGUCACUCUCUCAGGCCCCGCCCCCUGGGGCUUCCGGCUGCAAGGUGGAAAAGACUUCAACUUGCCUCUCACCAUCUCUCGGCUAACAGACAGUGGGAAAGCGGCCAAAAGCGGUAUCGCCAUUGGAGACAUGGUUCUGUCCAUUGAUGGUAUUGCGACUGAGGGUAUGAACCACCUGGAGGCCCAGAACAAGAUCAAGGCCUGCACUGGUAACCUCAGCCUCAGCCUAAAAAAAGUCGCCAGUGCUCCCAAACCUCCUCCGGUGGCACCUAAGGUGGACAGAUCAGACAUCAUAAAACCCGUGGCCGUCGCGCAUCCGCCUUCCCCGCCCUGUUACAGCCCCGCCCCGCCCAACAAGCCCCUCCCCAGACCAUCAGACCCUCCCUUGCGGCUUGCUGCCUUCAUUCCAUCCCCUUCGUCGGCCUUCACCCCCGCCUCCACCUACACAAGUCUUCCUCCUCCUCCUCCUCCCUCUUACCUAUCCUCCCCGCCUGCCGUGGUCCCACCCCAGCCAUCCGUGUAUAACACACCCAUCCACCUGUACUCCAAUGAGAAUGCGUGUGAGGUGGCCAUGGGGCAAAGGCGGGGCCUAUUGGAGAGUCAGGGCGGAGCUUUGCCGGUGCACUUAAAUGGUGGACCUCAAACUAUUAUGAGAAAACCCCAGCCAGCAAGGCCUCCCAGAAAACACGUUGUGGACACAGACAUCCACUUCUACCACGUGCCCACUCAUGCCGAUGCCAGCAGGAAGCGCAUCAUGGAGGAUACAGAGGACUGGCGUCCACGCACUGGCACCACCCAAUCCAGAUCCUUUAGGAUUCUAGCUCAGAUCACAGGCACUGAGCGCGUUCCAGAAACGGAAGAAGCAGACGCAGCCAAGAAGACAAAUGAAAAUGAGCCGGAACCCAGCAGCCAUGAUUUCGCCACUGUCAAGACGAUGAUAAAAGCACCCACAGCAACCCACGGUGUUGCUCCCCAGUCCGGUCUGAUCGCACCGUCCUUUGGUAUGAAGUCUAACGGCACUGCGCCCAGGUGUCCCGCCCCGGUCCGACCCGUGCCUCAGCCCCACCCUAAAGACGAGGACACGCUGGUCCAAAUGGCGGAACACUUCCCUGCCGGAACUCGAACGCCCAUGUGUGCACACUGCAACAUGGUCAUCAGAGGGCCAUUUUUGGUCGCAAUGGGUAAGUCGUGGCAUAAAGAAGAGUUUAACUGCGUCCACUGCCACACGUCCCUGGCAGACAUUGGCUUCGUGGAAGAACAAGGUUGUGUUUACUGCGAGCACUGCUACGAAGACUUCUUUGCUCCCACCUGCAGCCGCUGCCAGGCCAAGAUACUCGGGGAGGUGAUAAACGCCCUCAAGCAGGCGUGGCACGGCCACUGCUUCCUGUGCGCCGCCUGUCAGCGGCCCAUAGGAAACAACACCUUCCACCUGGAGGACGGAGAACCGUACUGCGAACAAGACUUCUACAGUUUGUUCGGCACGGGCUGCCACGGCUGUGAGUUCCCCAUCGAGGCAGGAGACAAGUUCCUGGAGGCUCUGGGCUACACCUGGCACGACACCUGCUUUGUUUGCGCCGUAUGCUCCACCACUCUGGAGGGUCAGACCUUCUUCUCCAAGAAGGACAAACCUCUUUGCAAAAAACAUGCCCAAACACUAAAAAUAUAACGUUAGGUUUUUUUUCUCUCGUAAGUAAACAUUCACUUGAAAAUAACAGUCUAGCUUUGAAAAUAAAAGAUGACCUUUGGUGACAGAAGUACUAAUAUUUGUACUAUAGUAAUAAUGGUGGUCAAGCAUGCUUUUCUACUAAACAUAUGAUAGAAAAUACAUUUAGAGGAGUUUCUUUUUUUAAUUUUCAUUAGUAUUACCGUAUUUUUCGGACUAUAAGUCGCAGUUUUUUUCAUAGUUUGGCCGGGCUCCAGUGCGACUUACCGUAUUUUCCGCACCAUAAGGCGCCCUGGGUUAUAAGCCGCGCCUUCAAUGAACGGCAUAUUUCAAAACUUUGUCCACCUAUAAGCCGCCCCGUGUUAUAAGCCGCAUCUAACUGCGCUAAAGGAAUGUCAAAAAAACAGUCAGAUAGGUCAGUCAAACUUUAAUAAUAUAUUAAAAACCAGCGUGAUGUGGGCGCGCAUGCAGUCGUAUAUCAACAUGGACGGAGCUGCGUGAAAAAAGCCACCCGGCCUCUUCGCGUAAACUUACCUUAACCACUCGCUCAUCUUUUCUUCAUCCAUCCAUCCCUUCGAGUUAGCUUUUAUGAUGACGCCGGCUGGAAAGGUCUCUUUUGGCAAGGUCUUCCUUUUGAAUAUCACCAUGGAUGGAAGUUUCUGGCCAUUAGCAUGGCAAGCUAGAACCACAGUGAAGGAUGACUUCUCAUUCCCUGUGGUGCGAAUAUUCACCGUACGUGUUCCCGUUGUAUCCACAGU